AGACACACAGAGCAUCGCAGGGACGAGAUGGACCACAAAUCGAUCGCCCUCCUCAUUGGCAUCGCUCUCCUCCUCUGCACCGCCGCAGCCAUGCCGAACAGUCAUGUGAUAAGCUGCUGCACACAAGUGUCCAAGAAGGUCAACCCAAAGUUACUGAGGAGGGCGAAGCUCUUCGAUAUUCAGGAUGACCGGAUCUGCGCCAUCAAGGCAGUGAUCCUCCUCAGAGGUUCACACAAACUUUGUGUGGAUCCGAACAAUGCCCAGCUGAAGAGAUGGAUGGCCAGGAAUAAGAAGCAAAUUCCCUCCAGAGCCUGAGGCAUGAGAACAGGAACACAGACUAUGGAGGGGCUUAGAGACUGGAAAGGCGGACUGUUAUAUUCUGUGCAGUGGGACUAAUUGCAAUUGGUACCUCCUCCCAGUCCGCUUAUGAACCCACAUGUAUUAUUGUCGUCGGAACAUUUCCAAGGAGCUUCUUAUUGGAGUCGGGAAGUAUUGAGUGUGACAAUGUUUUAUUUAUAGAACUGUGGAAUGGUUAACGUGCAUUGGUACAGUGACCCCCAUCCCAGUACCCACACCUUCCCCACAGCCCUGCAUCCUGUUCCCUCUGCAGCGCUGAUCCACGCACUUUGGAAGGACUCGACACAUCUCCAACCCCUGCAGGCAGCGUGAACCAGGUCAGCACCAGUCUCUGGGCGAAAACAUCUUCUUCGCAUCCUCCUUUCGCCCAAAGUGUUAAUGCUGUGUGCCAGGUCCCUGGACUGCCCACUUUCAGGGGAAGCUUCUCACACUAUCAGUGGGUAAACCCCCUCCCUACAGAAAGGCAGGUCAAGGUCUGGUGCCAGCUGUUGGGUACUUCUGGUGGAGAGAAACAAGUCAACUGGGGUUGGAUCCCCUCCACUCCCUCACACCCAGUGAGCUCUCUCCCAAUCCAUGCCUUUCCUGGAGCCUGGAUAAGAUUCAACCCAAUGUCCCAGACCAGAAUUAGUCUUGUCCCAGUGGCAAAACCCACCCAGUCAUCAUUCUGGUCUUUGUCCCAGACCUGGAUCAGAUCCCCACUAUCCCAGACCUGGAUCAGAUCCCCGAUCACAAACUGUGCCAGUAUUAUUUAUUCCUUUCUGUCAGAAAGGCUGCCAGUGCUGGACCGUAGCAACCCUGGGCAGCCCACCGUUUUGGUCUGUCCACCCGUGAGAUUAUGUCUA